ACGCCUUUCUUUUAUUCUGAAGGGCAGAGGAGUGUAGCGGAAGUUGUGUUUGUGUUUCCGGGUCCCGCAAGCUGUUACGACCUCCGUCCCAUUGUUUGCAUUUUACUGCGUGAUGAGGACGGCGGAGUCAAACGCGCCAGUGUUUUGGUUUCCUACAGAAAGAAACACCACACACUGCUGGAUGUGGGUUUAAAACGUGAACCGGAGCUUCAACGAGCAGGUCGGGGAGAAGUCGAGGAGAGACACUUCAACAUGAACUCUGAGAGGAAACUGUCAGCUGGCCAGCGGAGAGAUGUCCAGAAAGUGAUUGUUGGUGAAGAACAUCAGCAGGAGUGGAGCUCCAGUCUGGACCAGGAGGACACAAAGGCCCCACACAUUAAAGAGGAACAGGAGGAACUCCGGAUCAGUCAGGAUGAAGAGCAGCUUCAAGGCCUGGAGAAUGCUGAUAUCAAGUUCCCAAUAACUCUUGUCCCUGUGAAGAGUGAAGAUGAUGAAGUGUUCUCACAGCUUCAUCAAAGACAAACUGAAGAGAUAAAAACAGAAGCUGAUGGAGAGGACUGUGGAGGACCAGAACCAGCCAUGAACUCGGAUCCAGAUACACAUUUACAACCAAUUGCUGAUGACCGUUCUGAACCUGAGACUGAUGACAGUAAUGAUUGGAAGGAGACCAGAGAACCUCAGUCAGGUUUAAACUCUCUGAAUAACAAAGUCACUGAUCCGAGAUGUACUGGUAACAAACCAUUUAGCUGCUCUAAAUGUGGGAAACAAUUCAGCACCAAUGGACAUCUGAAGAGACACACGAGAUCUCAUACAGGAGAGAAACCAUUUUGCUGCUCUGUCUGCAAGAAAUAUUUCAAACAGAGUGAACAUUUACAGACGCACAUGAAAAUCCACACGGGAGAGAAACAAUUUAGCUGCUCAGUCUGUAAGAAAGCUUUCAUAGUGAGAGGAAAUCUACGGAAGCACAUGAGAACCCACACAGGAGAGAAACCGUUUAGCUGCUCAGUCUGUAGAAAAGCUUUUACAGUGAGUGGGAAUUUACAGAAGCACAUGAGAAUCCACACUGGAGAGAGACCAUUUAGCUGCUCAGUCUGUAAGAAAGCUUUUAGAGAAAGUGGACAUUUACAGAAACACAUGAGAAUCCACACAGGAGAAAAACCAUUUUGUCGUGUGGAGUGGAGCUCCAGUCUGGAAGCUUUUCCUUCAGAUGUCCAAAAAGUGAUUGUUGGUGAAGAACAGCAGCAGGAGUGGAGCUCCAGUCUGGACAUUAAAGAGGAACAGGAGGAAUUCCGGACCAGUCAGGAUGAAGAGCAGCUUCAAGGGCUGGAGGAGGCUGAUAUCACCAAGUUCACAUUCACUCCUGUCCCUGUGAAGAGUGAAGAUGAAGAGAAACCUGAGUUCUCACAUCAAAGACAAACUGAACAAAUGAAAACAGUAGCUGAUGGAGAGGACUGUGGAGGACCAGAACCAGCCAGGAACUCAGAUCCAGAUGCACAUUUGCAACCAGAUACCUACAAGACUGGGUACUCUGCAGAACCUGAGACUGAUGACUGGAAGGAGACCAGAGUAACUCAGUCUGGUUUAAACUCUCUGAAUAACAAAGUCUCUGUCUUUGAUCUGAGAUGUACUGGUGAGAAACCUUUCAGCUGCUCUAAAUGUGGGAAAAGAUUUGGCAUAAAUGGACAUUUGAAGAGGCACAUGAGAUCUCAUACAGGAGAGAAACCGUAUAGCUGCUCUGUCUGCAAGAAAUAUUUUAAACAGAGUGGGCAUCUACAGACGCACAUGAAAAUCCACACCGGAGAGAAACAAUUUAGCUGCUCAGUCUGUAAGAAAGCUUUUACAGUGAGUGGAAAUUUACAUAGACACAUGAGAACCCACACAGGGGAGAAACCGUUUAGCUGCUCAGUCUGUAAUAAAGCUUUUACAGGGAGUGGUAAUUUACAGAAACACGUGAGGAUCCACACAGGCGAAAAACCAUUUAGCUGCUCAGUAUGUAAUAAAGCUUUUAGAGAGAGUGGACAUUUACAGAAACACAUGAGAAUCCACACAGGAGAGAAACCAUUUAGCCGUGUGGAGUGGAGCCCCAGUCAGCAAGGUAAAAAUGAACAAAGUCUCUAAAAGUGAUCUGCGAUCAGUGGGUCCUUAACUAGUCUAUAAUCCAAUAAUUAGAAUUUAAGCUUUGAAUUGUCUUAAAAAUGAUUUUGACAGCCCUUAAAAAUUAAUUUGGAUCAUGAAGUUAACGUUACUGUUGUGAAAUUGCAUUAUAUUCAGUGAAUCAUUUUAUAUUUAUAUGGGGAAGGGGGGGUUAUAUUGCUCAUGAUAUAACGGAAUUACCGAAACAAAACCAACAUGGAACCAAUGUCCACUACUGCAAACUGUGCAACCGGGUCAGACUUUAUCGCAGCACACCCAGCUUGUGUGACACAAUGUGGUGUGUGGGCUAUUGUUGUAUCUCCUAGAUUCUUUUGUGCAUGUGUAAAAUAGCUUCU